GUUCAUUUCUCGUGUUUACAAAUCAAAUCUAUUGUUCCAGCAGUUUGCAGUGGUCGUUGCAAGCAAGCGUUUAAAAAGAGUAAAACCUGCUGGAUGGGUUCACCUUUUGCUUUGAUUUUCAAUGCAGAUAAUGCACAUGUGAAAACACAUGCAUUUAGUGUGGCAUGACUCAGGAAGUGGGUGAUGAAACAACAAAGGUAGAGAAAGCAGAAGUGUGUCUGGCACAGCUCAGACAGUCAGACUAGCACCCUGAACUUUCGACUGAGAGACUAGCAUCCGUGAGCAGAUACAUCACCAAUAUGACAAGCAACUGUUCAUUUGAAGCGGUGGACCAUGUGAUGAGAUAUUUGGAGUUGGUCAUCUACAUGCCCAUAUUCCUCUUUGGUCUGGUUCUCAAUGUGGUCGCGCUGUUAGUGUUCUGCAUCUUUCUGUGCAAAUGGACUGAGUCAACUAUUUACAUGACCAGCUUGGCUCUGAUGGACCUGCUCCUUCUCUUCCCUCUUCCCUUCAAAAUGCACGCCGCUAAUCACCUCUGGCCUGCUUACCUUCAACCUCUCUGCUCGUUCUUGGAAAGCCUGUAUUUUGUUGGAAUAUAUGGCAGCAUCUACACCAUCAUGUGUAUAGCUGUGGACCGAUGGGUGGCUAUCUGUCACCCGUUCAGAGCCAAACAGCUGCGUUCACCCAGAGCGGCUUUAGGGACCUGCUUAGGGGUCUGGGUGCUGGUGCUGGCCGCAAUCUUCUCAACCAUCUAUGGCUUCAGGGAGGCCGGGAAGACGGACUUCCACUGCUUCCACAGUUUUUCAAAGAAAGGCUGGAGACCUCUGGUGAUCAGCUGUCUGCUGGUGUUUGGGUUCCUGGUUCCUGCGCUGGUGGUGAUUUACUGCUCCGUCAAGACCAUCUGGGUGCUUAAGCAGUCUGGCCAGCGCAGCCCCACAAGCCGUGCCUGCGUGAAGAUCAUCUACAGCAGUCUGAGUGCCUUUUUGCUGCCUUUCACGCCGAGCCACCUGGGCAUCUUCCUGCAGUUCCUGGUCCACCAAGGUGUGAUUCAGGACUGCGGCGCCAAGGCCAGGAUCAGCCUGUUCAUACAGAUCGCAAUGUGUUUGUCCAACAUCACCUGCUGCUUGGACGCUCUGUGUUACUACUUCAUCGCCCACGAGGUGAGGAGCACCAAACACACCUUCAGGUUGUCGAUCAGCCAAAGAAGAGCCACCUUCAGCACGUCAGAGGUCUGAAAAUGGGACAUGGACAAUAAUAAUUUGUCAUCAGAGGACUUUUUGAGAGUGAAAACUAGAUCUUGAAGAGGAGCCAGUGAUUUGUUUCUGUAGCUGAUGUAGCAUAUGUAUGAGUAAUAAUGGUUAGACGUGCAGCAGGAGUGAGAUCUUAAUUAAUCACUGAGCUGAGAAUAAAGCUAAAAUGUGCAAUAGUAAAAGAGCUGUCAUGCACUGAUAUGCAAUUUGGUCAAUUAACAGGAAGCCAGAUGGCAACUCUGUAACCUCAAUACUUUCCAAGAGCUUUGACACCCAAAAUGGAGGUGCAAAAACAAAAUCCAACAACAAGCUACAAAGUGACUAAUAUCUAGAAUUAUUCAAGGGUCGAGCUUUUGAGAAAGCUCAGGGUACUCUCAGGUUGUCUUGUCAUACACACCGAUGACGAGUGAGAAACUGUGGGGGUAGAUUCAUUUUAAAUCAGUGAAACAGAAGCUCAUUUUCACCAGAGUUUUGCUGACUUUAUGUUUAAGAAGAUAAAAGAUACAGCAUGUAAAAGACGCUUUUUCUGCUCCGGAGCAGCCGUCAUGAAGACAAGAUCAAACACUGAAGAUCAGGGCAGAAACAUUUCAGACAGAUACAAGCGGUAAGUCAUGAAGCUUCAUAUAAGACACAAUAAGCAGAGAUAUUAUCUACAUUAAAUGUAGAUUUACAUUAAAAAAGACAACUUGAAACAAGUAAAUUAGUAAAACUAAAGGAAGUGAAUUGAAUUUACACAUUUAUUCAAAUAUUAAUUUCCAAAUUUAUUUAUCUACUUUAUGAAUAAAUCACCAUGUAGACCUCACAAACAGCUUGAAACACAGAAAUUAAAUUAAUUCAUAUAAAUUUAUAUUUAUGACGACUUUUAAAGAAUAAACCUGAAUUGAUGUUUUGUUAAUAUCUUGAUUGUUGAUAUUUUCAUAGUUUCAGCACUUCGUGACUUACUUAAAAAGAAAUUUCUUAUCAGUAUCUAUCAUUAAUUAAGAAUUAACUGUAAAUAAAUCCUCAAAAAUAUAUUUAACUCAUGAGCUGUGGGUAUUCUGACGUGCUGUUUUUGUAAGAAUUGGUUGUGGAGAGAGCUAAAU